UGGGGGCGGAAGUGCGGCGCGUCCAGGGAAGACUACGCGCCUCAACUCGCAAAGUCGGAAGUCCUGCGGGUUGAGGACGCGGUGGUGGUGCGUCAGCUGGACUGGGGCGAAUUCCUGGGGAGCCUGGUCGAGGAAGGCGUCCCACGGACACCCUAGCACUGGGGCUCCCGCGGAGAAGAGCAUCAUGUCCCAGCGCCACAGGCUGGCAUCGCUUCCCUGCAGUGGCUGAGACCCUGAGAUGUUCAGAGGGGUUUUGUCUCCCAGACCCACACAGCCUGCGUUUCCGCUAACCUCUGCCCUCCCGAGAAUAGGCCAAAAUGCCCAAGAUAACCCUGAAUGGUGUGACAGUGGAUUUCCCUUUCCAGCCAUACAAGUGCCAAGAGGAGUACAUGACCAAGGUGCUGGAGUGUCUGCAGAAGAAAGUGAACGGCAUCCUGGAGAGCCCCACGGGCACGGGGAAGACCCUUUGCCUCCUCUGCACCACACUGGCCUGGCAGGAGCACCUCCGGGAUACCAUCUCUGCCCGCAAGAUUGCCGAGAGGGCGCGAGGGGAGCUCUUCCCCCAUCGCGCCUUGUCCUGGGGGGACGCCACCUUGGACGGAGACAACAUAGCAUGCUACACAGACAUCCCAAAGAUCAUUUAUGCAUCCAGGACCCACUCACAGCUCACGCAGGUCAUCAGCGAGCUUCGGAGCACCUCCUACCGGCCCAGAGUAUGUGUGCUGGGCUCCCGGGAGCAGCUGUGCAUCCACCCUGAGGUGAAGAGGCAGGAGAGCAACCACAUGCAGGUGCACUUGUGCCGUAGGAAGGUGUCGAGCCGCUCCUGCCACUUCUACAACAACGUCGAAGAGAAGAGCCUGGAGCAGGAGCUGGCCACCCCCAUCCUGGACAUCGAGGACCUGGUCAAGAGUGGACAGAGACACAAGCUGUGCCCGUACUACCUCUCCCGGAGCCUGGCACAGCAGGCCGACAUCAUCUUCAUGCCGUACAACUACUUGCUGGACGCUAAGAGUCGCCGGGCACACGGCAUCGACCUGAAGGGGACGGUCGUGAUCUUUGAUGAAGCUCACAACGUGGAGAAGAUGUGCGAGGAGGCCGCAUCGUUUGACCUGACGCCCCAUGACUUGUCCUCGGGACUGGACGUUAUAGACCAGGUGUUGGAGGAGCAGACCCGGGUGGCGCAGCAGGGCGAGCUGCACCUGGAGCUCAGUGCCAGCUCCACCAGCGCAGGGCUGAACAUGGAGCUGGAAGACUUGGCAAAGCUGAAGAUGAUCCUGCUGCGCCUGGAGGGGGCCAUUGAUGCUGUGGAGCUGCCUGGAGGCGACAGCGGCAUCACCAAGCCUGGGAGCUACAUCUUUGAGCUGUUUGCAGAAGCCCAGAUAACGUUUCAGUCCAAGGGCUGCAUCCUGGACUUCCUGGACCAGAUCAUCCAGCACCUGGCAGGACGUGCAGGGCUGUUCACCAACACGGCAGGAUUGCAGAAGCUCGUGGACAUCAUCCAGAGCGUGUUUAGCGUGGACCCUGCUGAAGGCAGCCCUGGUUCCAUGGUGGGGCCUGGGGCCUCUCAGUCCUACAAGGUGCACAUUCACCCAGAUGUUGGUCACCGGAGGGUGGCCCAGCGGUCAGAUGCCUGGAACAUCACAGCGGCCAGAAAGCAAGGGAAGGUGUUGAGCUACUGGUGCUUCAGCCCCGGCCACAGCAUGCGUGAGCUGGUCCGCCAGGGCGUGCGCAGCCUCGUCCUCACCAGCGGCACACUGGCCCCUGUGUCCUCCUUCGCCCUGGAGAUGCAGAUUCCUUUCCCCGUCUGCCUGGAGAACCCCCACGUCAUCGACAAGCACCAGAUCUGGGUGGGGAUCGUCCCCAAAGGCCCUGAUGGAGCCCAGCUGAGCUCUGCCUUUGACAAACGGUUCUCUGAGGAGUGCUUGUCCUCCCUGGGGAAGGCGCUGGGCAACAUCGCACGCGUGGUCCCCCAUGGGCUCCUCGUCUUCUUCCCUUCCUACCCUGUCAUGGAGAAAAGCCUGGAGUUCUGGCGGGCCCGCGACUUCGCCAGGAAGCUGGAGGUCCUGAAGCCCCUGUUCGUGGAGCCCAGGAGCAAAGGAGGCUUCUCGGAGGUCAUGGAUGCUUACUACGCGAGAGUGGCUGCCCCUGGGUCCAGUGGGGCUACCUUCCUGGCCGUGUGCCGGGGGAAGGCCAGUGAGGGGCUGGACUUCGCAGACGUGAAUGGCCGGGGAGUGAUCGUCACAGGCCUCCCGUAUCCCCCACGCAUGGACCCCCGGGUUGUCCUCAAGAUGCAGUUCCUGGAUGAGAUGAAAGGCCAGGGUGGGGCCGUGGGCCAGUUCCUCUCCGGGCACGACUGGUACCGGCAGCAGGCGUCCAGGGCCGUGAACCAGGCCAUCGGGCGGGUCAUCCGGCAUCGCCACGACUACGGGGCCGUCUUCCUCUGUGACCACAGGUUCACCUGUGCGGACACCAGAGCCCAGCUGCCCUCCUGGGUGCGCCCCCACGUCAAGGUGUACCACAACUUUGGCCACGUCAUCCGAGACGUGGCCCAGUUCUUCCGCGUGGCUCAGAAGACUAUGCCGGUGCCCACCAUCCCAGCUGCUGCCCCGAGUCUGGGCGAAGAAGGUGCCGUCUCAGCGGCCGUGCCGCCCAGCUCCCUCCCCACCAGGAAAGCCAUGAGUCUGGAUGUGCAUGUGCCUAGCCUGAGGCACAGAUGCACGGGGUCCCCAGUCACUGAGGAUGCGGAGGGCAGCCUGUGUGUGGAGUAUGAGCAGAGGCCUGUCCAGGCCCAGCGGCAGGCCCGGGGGCUACUGGCUGCCCUGGAACACAGUGAGCAGCUGGCCGAGGGGCCUGGGGAUGAGGCCCUCUCCGGGGAGGAGGCACGCCUCCGCUCCACCUUGUCAGUCCUGCGUGAGAAGAGACCAGCAGAUGAACAGAGAGGCAGGAGGAGGAAGGUCAGGCUGGUCGGUGCCCCGCAGGAGGUGCCGGCAGCCGGGACGGAGGUGGGCAGGGCCAAGCUGUUUAUGGUGGCUGUGAAGCAGGCACUGAGCCAGGCCAGCUUCGACGCCUUCACCCGGGCUCUGUGGGACUACAAAGGCUCUGACGACCUUGCGGCCCUGACGGCGCGCCUCGGCCCUCUCUUUGCCGAGGACCCCAGGAAGCACGGCCUGCUCCGAGGCUUUUAUCAGUUUGUGCGGCCCCACCACAAGCGGCAGUUCGAGGAGGUCUGCCUCCAGCUGACGGGCCAAGGCUGCAGCUACCCGCCCGAGUGCAGCCUUCCCCGGAGACUGGGGGCACAGCUGGCCCUGGACCCCAGCGGAAGGAGGGAGCCUGACCCCAAGCUGACCCUGUCCCAGGAUGCAGCCGGGCAGCUGGACCCCAGCGAGCACCUGAACCAGGGCCGGCCGCAUCUGGCUUCCAGGCCACCCUCUACAGGAGACCCCGGCAGCCGUCCACAGGAUGGGUCUGGAGCCUCUGGAACAAAGCAGCAGAGCCCGCCUGCCGUGAGCGCCUACCUGGCUGACGCCCGCAGGGCUCUGGGGGCCACGGGCCACAGCCAGCUCCUGGCAGCACUGACCGCCUACAAGCGGGACGACGACUUCGAGCAGGCGGCGGCUGUGGUGGCCGCCCUCACCACUGCGAAGACUGAGGACCUGCCCCUGCUGCAGAGGUUCGGCAUGUUUGUGCGUCCGCACCACAAGCCGCGCUUCCGGCAGAUGUGUGCAGACCUUAGCGGCCUGCCUGCCCUGGGCACCGGCACUGAGACCCCAGGACCCCAGGAUGGGAGCCCUGCCGUGCCUCCUGACCUCGCCCAUGGGGCUCCCAGUCCAGGCCCCUCGCAGCCAGAGAGACCGGGGAAGACCCAGAGCAAGAUCUCCUCCUUCCUUAGACAGAGGCCGGUGGGGGAUGCAGGGGCUCCCAGCCAGCCCCCCAGUCCCCCCCACGGGCAGCCACAGUCUGAGUGGGCGGGCUUGGCGUGUCCGGGCUGCAGGGUGGAGGACGUGGUCCCCUUCCAGUGCUCCUCCUGUGACUUCCACUGCUGCCGGGCCUGCUGGCGACGGCACCUCCAGGUCUCUAGGACGUGCCCAGCCUGCCACACUGCCACCAGAAAGCAGAGCCUCAAGCAGAUCUUCUGGCUGGAGCCCCAGUGAACGUGGAGACCCUCUGGGCGCAGCAGGGUCUGCAGAAGCUGCGGCUACCCCUGCCUUGGGCACAGCUUGGACACUUGUCUGUUGGCUAGGGGUGGGCCAGGCUUGACAGCACAAACCCCUUGGCCAAGAGCCCACCUGACAGGCCAGUCCAGUGUCUGUGGGGACCCCAGAGACGGCCCCAGGGUCUGGGCCCCGGGUGAGAAGCCUUGAAGCCACCUUGCGUUCUGGGGAGGGUCCACUAGAAGGUGCUUUCUCAGAACCUCCCAGGCUGCCCUGCUGGCUUGUGGGUGGAGCCCCAGGAGCUUUGCUGCUGAGCUAAAGAGGAGGAAGGAGGGGAGCCCUGCCCCUCCUCUCUGGGGGACCUUCUAGGGACCUGCUGUUAGUCAGGGGCAGGGCUAAUAAAGCUGCUGCCACUA